AUGGCGUUGUCAACUCGCCUGCUCCAACUGCUUCUCUUAUCCCUGAUCGCCUUAUCUGCGAUUGCAGCCCCGGCCGCCGAUCAGUCCGAAUCCGACGCCCCAUCGGUUGCCGACAGCAUCGAAGAGACAUCCCUCCACAAGGCUCUGCAUCUGUUCCAGAGGUUCAGCCACGGCAUCUUCCAGUCUGACGAGAAAGCUGCCGCAGCUCUCCAGCAGGAGGAUCCGUCGUUGGCUGAACACUUGAACCUGGUCAAGCGAGCGGAUGGCAACUCGACGGCUGCGGUAGAGACGACGAGCCAGGCCUCGGAGCCGGCAGCGACCACUUCUGCCGCCGCGGCAGCGACCACCGCUUCGCAGGCUGAGAGUUCCACCAGCAGUGCGCAACAGCCCACCACUGCUGCGGAAACUACCGCCGCUCCUACGACCACUGCUGCCCGCACGACCGCUGCGAGACCUACGACUAGCUCUAGCAGCAGUGAGUCCAGCUCUAGCAGCAGUGAGUCGAGCUCUAGUAGCAGUGAGUCUAGCUCCUCGUCUCCGUCCACGUCUUCUUCUUCCUCUUCUGCCUCUACGGCGACCACCUCGUCGACCUCUUCCUCCUCGUCGUCUGCCACGGCGACGUCGACCUCUACUACUACUACUUCUUCGUCCACUUCGUCUACAUCUUCGUCCUCGUCCUCUUCUCACACCACCGCAGCUAGUACCACGAUCCCCACCGUCGCGGCCACUACUACUACUACCUCUACUUCUGCUACUUCCACUACCACUAGUACCACUUCAUCCAGCUCACAUACUACCGCAGCUCACACGACCUCCACCACCUCAACAACAUCCACCUCCUCGACCUCCUCGUCCUCCACUACAUCCAGAUCCACAUCCACCACCUCGACCUCGACCUCCACCACCCUCGAAACCACCACCUCCACCACCUCCACCUCCUCCUCCUCAACCAAGGACUCCCAAACCACAGACGACAGCUCCACCACCAGCGCCAAGACCACCCCCUACACCUCCACCUACAAGCUGACCACCACGCUCCCCAACGGCCAGCAGAGCACCGUCACCGCCAUCACCGUCAUCCACCCGACCGAGACCGCCCACGAGGUCGCCACCGGCACCCGCGGAUCCCCGAGUCUGCAGACCGACAACGGUGCCGCGACCGCGCACGGUCUGGGCCGGGAGCUGUUCGUGAUGGUCGGUGGAGCGGCCGUGGUGGCUAUGGCUCUGUAA